AUACCAAACAUCAAACUUUAUCAAUCAUGAGUCUAAUCGAUUAUAUCAUAAAUUAUUAAAUAUUUUUAUUACGAUGGAGAGGGGGAGGUAUAUGAAAUAAAUAAUAAAGAUCAUGUAAAUGAUAACAUAAAAAUUAUUCAGAUAACAGUUAUACAAAAUAAUGGCUGAACGUCAAGAUAAGAAGAAAAAAAAGCAGAAGAAGAGCGGUAAAUCAAAAAAGGUUUUGGCAAAGGAAGCAUCAAAGCAUAAAGUCGAUAACCAAAAGGCAGCUUGCGUAAAGGAAAAAUAUCAUAAAUGGGAAAAAGCAUGGGAAAAGAAAUUCCAAGCACAGGAUGAACUCGACGAUUACAGAUGUUGCUUGCACAAGGGAUUAUGUUUGAAACCAAAGACGCAAUCAAAUAUUUGGGUAAAUGUAGUAGAAGAUAAAAUGACUCAAGAGUUGCACAUGGCCAUUAAACAGGUACCUGUUCCCAGACCAAAACCUCCUCCGAUUCCAAGAUUAAAAAGAAUGGAAAUUUUAUCGAGCUGCGAAGGAACAGUUGGCAAAAUUACUGAGAUGAAAAAAAAGAAAAAUAUUGUAAAAAAGAAAAAAAAAGGAAAAAAAAAAGGAUAAAAAGAAAAAAUAAUAAUAAUCUUUUAUAUCAAUAAAUGAGAAUUAAUUUUUUCUAAUUUAUUAAGAUAUUAUAUUAAGUAUUAUUAUUAAUACAUACAUUAUAUUAUAUAUGAAAAUAUAUUACACAUAUAUAAAUAAAAUAAUACAUGAUAUUAACAUAUCCGGUAUAGUCUAGUGGUUAGGAUACCUGGCUCUCACCCAGGAGGCUCGGGUUCGAUUCCCGGUACCGGAAAAAUC